AUGAACAUCAAAGAUGAAAUCUGCGACGAAGAGGUUGGAGGAGGUGAAGUCGACUGCGAUGUCCUGCUGGAGGAGCACAACUUCAAGGUGCCUUCUUUGGUGAACAGCUCACUCAAUCAAAUGUUCUGCAUUGAAGCGCCGGCAAAGGUGGAAAACUUAAAUAACUUUGUCAGAUGCUGUGGCGGCAUACGAAGCCUGGAGUCGAUCUUGUUUACGCCAAAGUCGCGACUGCAGUUUAAAUUUCGUCCAGACGAUCCAAACUCAGUUCCACUGUUUUCAGGCCGAAAGAGUUCAACAGACCUGGUGGUAAAGGUGCGAAGGAAAAAGAAACCAGAUGGGACGCACGACUACAAGUUUGAAACGGUCGGCGUCAUUGAUACGACGUUUCAUUUUGAAGACAAAAUCUGUGAUCUCCAACUACUGCCAACAUCGAGUGAUAUUCGUAACGAACUCCUCAAGUCGGAUUUUAUUUUAAACGGUCCCGCUAGUAAAGUGACGGUAGAUAAAGACAACUCCGUUACUAUAAUGAAACACUUUUUUUACUCUCGAUUCACCACGCAAAGAGCUGUCUUCUUUGAAAUGAGUGAGCAAUCCAAACAAGAACCCAAUAAUCCAGAUGUAAUCUGCCAGCUUCGCAAGCCAAGGCGAAUGUUUGGCAGUUUUGUCAAAUGGGAAAGUGAAACGGUUCCUGAAUCGCUGUCAGAGGAACAUAAAAGCCGAAUACCGGAGGCCACAAGUAAUGAUCCAGUUUUGAUCAAGAUAAAAGAACUGUUUGAUCAACGACCUGUGUGGUCCCGACAUGCACUUCUAGUUCUUACCAAAUGUCGUAACACAAAACUGAAAUACUUGCUGCCAAUGUUUGCAUUUUGCUACCUAAAUGGGCCGUUUCGAAAUCUCUGGGUUCGCUAUGGCUACAAUCCUAAGUUGGACAAAUCAUCAAAAAUGUAUCAGUCAAUUGAAUGUCGUUAUCGAAGCCUUCCUACUGAAUCAAUGCGUUGCAAAGUGACACUUUUCAAGGAUCACAGUGUGUCCUAUUUACCGGAUUCUGUCAGUCCGUUCCAUUACCUCGAUGAAUCUCGUGUUAGCACAGCCUCUGGCGACCGAAUUUUCAGUGAAGAUGCCCCACAUAUAAGCGAUGACGAUUACAUUUUCCGCCCAGGUCACAUUUCAAUUUUCAAUCGCGCUUUUUACCAGAUUUGCGACAUCGACGUUCCUGAGGUUAAGCAAAUUAUUGCUGAAAACGACGGGCAGGAGGUUGAAUGCACUGAAAAAGACGGCUGGUGCUCCAAAGAUGCUAUCGAUCGAAUUCGCAAAAUAAUGGUUGAAAUUGCAAAUAAGACUUGCUACGAAGCCACAGGCAGUCAUUUUGAUCCAAAGAUCACUUUAUCUGAUUUGGAGCAGGCUGAAACUGAAGAUCAACUGAUGAUCGAAGACGAAAAUUUCUGA